CCAGCUUUUCUGUUAAGUCGAGAUGAUGAUUCGUUGACAAUCGGUAUGCAUCAUGAUAGUCAGAAUGGUGCUAGUAGUGCCAGGCUUAAACUUCAACGAUUUGGACCGAAACCAUCUCGACCAAGUGCAUCGCAACCAGUCACAACAUCAUUCAAAUUAGGUAAUCCAGGCGCAAUUCAGCAAAUGUUUCAAUUUUUUGGUUUAUGUAAGAACCAUGAAUUAUAG